UCUUUUGGCUCUUCAUUCUCAACCAGAACCAAAAAUCCAACCAUCAAGAUGGCCCCUAAGAAGACUGUCCGCGCUCCCCAGGAGAACAUCUCCCUCGGUCCCUCCGUUCGCGAUGGCGAGCUCGUCUUUGGCGUUGCCCGUAUCUUCGCCUCUUUCAACGAUACCUUCGUCCACAUCACCGAUCUCUCUGGCCGCGAAACCAUCACCCGUGUCACCGGUGGCAUGAAGGUCAAGGCUGACCGUGACGAGUCCUCCCCCUACGCUGCCAUGUUGGCUGCCCAGGACGUCGCCGCCCGCUGCAAGGAGCUCGGCAUCAACGCUCUCCACAUCAAGAUCCGUGCUACUGGCGGUAACCGCACCAAGACCCCCGGUCCCGGUGCCCAGUCUGCUCUCCGUGCUCUUGCCCGUGCUGGCAUGCGCAUUGGCCGCAUCGAGGAUGUUACUCCUACUCCUUCCGACUCUACCCGCAAGAAGGGUGGUCGCCGUGGUCGUCGUCUCUAAGCGUGUGCGCUCGGCUUACUACCGAUGUGCAUCGCUCAAGGGAAUAUGCUGGCGAUCUGGCUUUUUCGGCGCUUUGGACAGGAUUCUUUAUUUCGUCUCUCUGGUUAUGCUGCUUUACUGCGGCGUUGAGAAAACGAGGAGAACGGCAAUUACGCCUGGUCUCCAAACUACUUUGCCUCGUCGCGUGCUGUGAAAGGCGCCCGGUGUUGGCCAUGAGUAGAUAGUUACGAAUGUCGCCCUUCAAAGGCCCACGAAAAGUUAAAAUACAUUUGUUCCAU